UGACCAGGCUUCUGAGGGGAGGCAAAGGAGUGUCAUUGCAGUGUUAUAGGAGGUCUCCAAGAGUAGUGCUGAGGGGCCGGAGAGAUAGCAUGAAGGAGAGAAGUCGAAGCGCCUGGCCAGCUCCAGCAUCGCUGCGACGCUCCGCGGACCGGUCCACCAUGGUGCCCGGGCUGUGCCUGUUGCUCCUGCUGCUGCCCUUGUCGCUGCCCGUCGCUGCGGACGAAGAGGAGCCCUGCGAAGUGGACGACGACGACUUUCGCUGCUUCUGCAAUUUCACCGAUCCGGAGCCCAACUGGUCGAGCGCCCUGCAGUGCACGGUCGCCGUCCAGGUGGAGAUCCGCGCGGGCGGCCGCAGCCUGGAGCAGUUCCUCAGGUACGCCGACACCGACCCGAGCCAGACCGUCGACAUGGUCAAGGCGCUGCGCUUGCGACAGCUCACGGUGGGCGACGCGCGGGUCCCGGCUCGGCUCCUGGUGGGCUUCCUGCGUGCGCUCGGGCCUUCCAAGCGCCUCAAAGAGCUGACGUUCGACAACCUGGAGGUCACCGGCACUUUACCCCCGGAGCUCCCGGAAUCCGCGGGGCCGGCGCUGUCCACGCUGCGUUUCCGCAACGUGUCUUGGGCCACCGGGUGCACUUGGCUCUCGGGGCUGCAGCGGUUGCUCAAGCCCGGCCUCAAGGUCCUGAGCAUCACGCAGACGCCCUCCUCCGCACCCUCCGCAGCCUGUGAGCUGCAAAACCCUUUCCCGGACCUCACCACCCUGGAACUGGACGGGCAUCCCUUUCUGGACCCCCAAACCGCUAAGCAUCAGGGAGCCCCGAUGAACUCCGGCGUGGGUCCAUCCUGUGCAAGUUGGACCUUAGCCUUAGGGUUGUCGGGAAUCGCCGUGCAGGUUCGGGGCCCGCGGGCCUAA